AUGAAAUAUGCCAUGCCAGCAUUAAGAUUUAAAACGUGUCGUCUACUUCCAGGAAGUGUUCGGAACAGAGAACUUUCUCUAAUCCAACACCGUAUUCUCAGAAGAUUGAGGAACAAGAGGAGAUCCAUUAAAAGAAAUCUUUCUCGGAGAGAAAAUCGAAACAGUAACAUCAAAUCACAAACUACACGAAAGUUGUCUCUUUAUUAUGGGGAUUUACCCAUAAGGGAGAUGCACAGAGGAAGAGAACGAACUUCAUAUAUCCCUUUUUUACUCAAUCAAGAAAAAAGAUCGGACGUGAUUCCGGUUCGUCUCCAUUUUAGUGACACUCUUCCUCAAGCAAGGCAUCUGAUAAGUCAUCGAAGGGUUUGCUUGAAUAAUGGACUGGUAACCAUUACUCAUUUGAAAGUUUCCCAUGGUGAUCUAAUAUCUUUUAAAGAAAAUGACGCGAGAACCCGCGGUUUUGAAAUAAGGAGAUCUUUCUAUAUCGACAUAUCAGUUGGAAAAAUCAUAGGCAAAUUCCUAUCGGUCAUAUCAGUUGGAAAAAGAAGAGGCAAAUUCCUACCGGCCAGAAUCUGGAGAAGACCAAAAAAAGAAUGGUUACGCUUACUCACAACUCACAGGGGAUGCCGCUUACUACUCAAAUCCAAGGAAUUGCAAAAGUUGCGUUCUUAUAUGCAAGAAGAAGACUUUGAAAGAACAAAGAAAUUUGGAUCCGCAAAAGUAUGCUUAGGUAGUUCCUUCGCUGAGCACAACAGAAUGAAGAGGAAUUUAUUUCAUUUCAAAUAA